AUGGGCAAUCUAUCUGGUUCGCCCAUCAUGCUUGCCCCCACCAAGUGCGGCGAUCCAGUGUGCGUGCGGCGGCGCAAGUGCAACCCGGACUGCCCGCUCGCCCCCUACUUCCCCGCCGACCAGCAGCGCCGCUUCCUCAACGCGCACCGCCUCUUCGGCGUCAAGAACAUCCAGAGGACGCUGCGCUGGAUCGACCCGGAGCGCGGCCCCGACGCCAUGCGCGCCCUCAUCUACCAGUCUGAGGCCCGCGCCGCGGACCCCGUCGGCGGUUGCGUCACCAUCAUCGAGCAGCUCCAGAGGCAGAUCGAGCGCACCGAGUUGGAGCUCGCCUACGUUAAGCAGCAGAUCGCCUUCUACCGCCAGGCCGCCGCCGUCGACCCGCUCGCGGACCCGGCGAUGAUCCUACCUCCACCUGAUGCAGCCGCCGCCGUGGCCGGCCAGGACCACCAGGACAAUGCCGCCGCCGUCGCUGUGGGCGCGCUCUACGCCGGUCAAGAACCCGUCCCGCCAGGCGCCGCCGGGCUAGUCUUCCAAGACCAGCAAGGUUACCACCACCACCAUGUCCUCAAGGCCGACCAACAGAAUCAUCCACCGCCGCAGCAGCUCUACAAUUACUUCUGCUACGACGGGACGGCUGCCGACGAGAGUACCCAAGAUGGGAGCGUGCAGCAGUUUGGAGGUUUUGCCGACACCGGUGGUCUCAAGAUUGGGUCGCCGACGUUGGCGACCCUCGGCGAGCAGCUGGAGCAGCAGUGCCAGCUAGACGCGUUCGACGUCAAGCCACCGGGCUUGCGGGCGACAACGGAACGCCUUGGCCCUGCUGACGAGCUCAUGCGUCCAGCCGAAGAUCACCACGACGUCGAUCAGCACAUGGAGGAGCCGGCAACAGCGGUGGCGGCGCCAUGCCACUUGGAGUUAGGCUUCUCCUCCUUCUAA